AUGUCCUACUAUCCCUGCAACACCAUUGUCAGGCGAUACUCCAUAUUAUCUGGCGAACUUAAACAAUUGCAGAAUGCCCAAAAAGCACAAUCUUUUUCCACAAUCCCACAGCAAUGCCAUCGCACCAUCCUCCCACUCUGCGCCUCCGCAAAAUCACUCCAACAAACCAAGCAAUCCCACGCGAUUGCCCUCCUGAAUGGCUACCUCCCAAACAGCAUUUCCGUCUCCGCUUCUCUCAUCCUCCAGUACGCCACAUUCGGAGACCCAUCAACAUCCCGCCUUCUGUUUCACCAAUCACUCCCCUACUCUCGCUCUGCUUUCUUGUGGAACACGAUCACGCGAGCUUACAGCAUUGCCGGAGUUUACGAUGCGUUUCAAAUUUAUAACCUGAUGAUCCGUAAUGGUGUCAGGCCGGAUGAUCAUUCUUUCCCAUUUGUUCUAAAAGGUUGUUCGGAUUAUCACGAGGUUUGGAAGGGACAAGAGGUUCAUGGGUUGGUUUGCAAACUGGGUUUUGAUUCUGAUGUAUUUGUUGGGAACACCCUUCUGAGAUUUUAUGGUGAAUGUAGUAGCGUAAAUGAUGCAGAGAAAGUGUUCGAUGAAAUGCCUGAGAGAGACGUAGUGUCAUGGAACACUCUUAUCACAGUAUGUUCAAUCAAGUUUUCUUACAAUAAAGCAAUUGCCUUGUUUAGGGACAUGAAAUUGCAACCACUCUGUUCUGAAGUUAGCCCAAAUGUAGCCACCAUUGUCAGCUUGUUACCUGUGUGUGCAGCCAUUGAGGACUCUUCAAUUACAAGCGAGAUUCAUAGUUAUGUCAUCAAGAUGGGAUUCAAUCAUCACAUUAAAAUAAACAAUGCUUUCAUCGAUGCAUAUGGGAAAUGUGGAAAUUUAAAAGCUUGUAAGCAAGUUUUCAACGAAAUGGUGGAUAGAAAUCAUGUUUCUUGGAAUGCUGUCAUCACAAGUUUUGCUCACACAGAUCAUCAUCAAGACGCCGUACUUUUCUUCCAAUACAUGAUCAACAAAUCUAUCACACCAAACUCUGUUGCUAUUUCUAGCAUCCUGCCUAUCAUAGUCGAACUUGAAUGCCUUCAAUGGGGAAUCGAGCUUCAUGGUUUUAGUAUAAGAACCGGUAUCGAAUCCGAUAUAUUUGUAGCCAAUUCUUUACUAGACAUGUAUGCAAAAUUCGGGUAUCCCAUUAAAGCAUCAAACAUUUUCAACAAUAUUCACUCCAAAAAUAUCGUAUCAUGGAACACAAUGAUAGCUAAUUAUGCUCAAAACGGAUCCGAAUUGUUAGCUUUACAAACUUUAAGAGAAAUGCAAGCUCAUGGCAUAGUCCCGGGACCCGUAACCUUAACAAACAUUCUUCCCGCUUGUGCACGAAUUGGUCAUUUAUCCCAUGGAAAACAGAUACAUUGUAAGUCAAUCCGAAAGGGGUCUGACUUUCAAAUAUUCAUAUGGAAUGCACUUAUUGACAUGUAUGCAAAAUGUGGUUGUUUAGAUCUUGCAAGAAACGUCUUCAACAUGUCAUAUAAAGAUAGAAUUUCGUAUAACACACUCAUAUCGGCUUAUUCUCAUACAAACACGUCUUUCGAGUCUUUGAUUUUGUUUCGCGAAUUAGGGUUAAAAGAUAUGGAAUAUGACACUGUGUCUUUUUCCGGAGCACUUUCGGCUUGUGCUAAUAUGGUAGAAAUCAAGAAAGGUAAGGAGAUUCAUGGGGUUUGUUUAAAAAAAGGGUACACACCACUCAUGGGUCCCACCCACCAACCGGUCUCAAACUUAAUGUCUUCUGACACCUCACUUAUAGAUUCCCACCUCCUUACUGCUAAACAGCUGCAUUCCCUCAUUGUUUCCAACUCGAUCUUGGAUCUUUACGCGAAAUGCGGACGCAUCGAUCUUGCUAAAAAGGUAUUCGAUCGGAUACCCAACAAGGAUACGGCCUCAUGGAACACGAUGAUCAUGGGGUACGGAAUGCGUGGCGAGAUUGACACUGCAAUCGGUUUAUUUGAAUCCAUGGGAGAUGAUGAUCAUGUGAGACGUGACUCGAUUAGUUACAUAGCGGUUUUAUCGGUUUGUAGCCAUGGAGGGUUAGUUGAAUUAGGGAGGAAAUAUUUCAAGGAGAUGAAAGAGGACAAGAUUGAAGUGACACAAGUGCAUUAUGCGUGUAUGGUUGAUAUUUUUGGGCGGGCCGGGUUGUUGGAGGAGGCGGUGGAGAUGAUAAAUGGGAUGGGGGUGGAACCGGAUGCGAAUGUGUGGGGGUCUUUGCUUGGCGGGUGUCGGAUCCAUGGGGAUAUUGAGUUGGGUCGGUGGGCAGGUGAGAAUUUGUUUAGGUUAAAACCGGGUCAUUCGGGGUAUUAUACUUUGGUUUCGAAUAUGUAUGCGGAAGCUGGGAAGUGGUGUGAAGUGGAUGAGAUUAGGGAGUUGAUGAAGGUGAGGGGAGUGAAAAAGAACCCGGGUUUUAGUUGUGUUUAA